GGACGGGUCAACGGGUCAACGGGUCAAGACGGCUUAAACGCAUCCGAAGUUGACUAAACAUUGUUGACUUCAUUCUUCAUUCUUCAUUCUUUUUUACCUUUUUGUCGAGGCAUUUUACUACUCAUCAUCAUAAUUACUACAUAUCCAUCACAUAUCAACUUGCAUUUUACAAGAUAAUCAUAAAAUACGCCUAUUUAACCCCCCUCCAUAACUCCAUUCAAUGCAUAAAGAUCAACCCAUCUACCACGGCUCUUUGGAGCAUCUCCUACCUCCAAGCUGGAAAACACAAGUCACCGCAUGGCUAGCCGAGGAUACACCAUCAUAUGACUACGCUGGCUUCGUUGUUGGUGAGCAUCCACGUACCGCCACCCUCUGGGGAAAGAGUGCGGGUAUUAUUGCUGGAAUUCCAUUCUUCACCGAAGUCUUCCACCAGUGCGGCUGCGAGGUUGAGUGGCACGCUAAGGAAGGAGGCUACAUUGAUCGCCCUAAAGAUGGCUCGGGAAAGACUAAGGUUGCUACCGUCAAGGGCCCUGCUCGCGGUCUGCUUCUAGGCGAACGUGUUGGUUUAAAUAUGCUAGCUCGGUGCUCCGGUAUCGCCACCGUUAGCCGCGACAUGUUGCUGAGCUUGCGCAGCGCAGGAUACGAAGGAAUCUUGGCCGGCACUCGCAAGACCACACCUGGGUUCCGCCUCGUUGAGAAAUAUGGCAUGCUGGUUGGUGGUGCGGACACGCAUCGUAUGGACUUAAGCUCCAUGAUCAUGCUGAAGGAUAAUCAUGUGUGGAGUCGCGGUAGUAUCAAGGACGCUGUGCAAGCUGCCAAGAUGGUGGGCGGAUUUGCCCUAAAAAUUGAGGUCGAGGUACAAAAUGAAGAGGAGGCCGACGAGGCCAUCGGCGCGGGUGCUGAUAUCGUCAUGCUCGACAACUUCACUGGCGAAGGCGUGAAAAUCGCUGCGAAAAGUCUCCGAGAAAGAUGGAAGGGUAAGCGGGAGUUCCUCAUCGAGAUCUCGGGUGGUCUGCGAGAAGAUAACGUGUUCGAUUACGCUAACAAUGAUAUUGAUAUCAUUUCCACAAGCUCAAUCCACCAAGGCACGCCGCAUGUGGAUUUCUCUCUCAAAAUUAACCAGGAUCAGAUUACAGCGCAAGCGUGAAAAGGCGGUCUUCUUAGUCUUUUUUCUUCUUAUGCAUAGUCUUCGAGAUCUACAUCGCAAGCUCUUGGCUUGGCUUGGCUUGGCUCCGAUUCACCUUGGGUGUAUUACCAUUACCAUCUGCUGGAUUGGUAAUGGAAGGUUAUGUUGAUAAUGGCUUUGUAGGGUUUAUAACAUUGAUUACCUCCCUGCCCCUGAACCCCAUUACCCCAGAGUUUCAUCACCAACAAAUCUAG